AUGACAAGCAACAAUCCUUUUGAAGAUAAUCCAUGGUCUGGGACCAACAAUGGGCCUCGCUAUGGCAAUGCCUAUGAAGAUGAUCAUGGCAAUGCUUGGUCGUCGUCAACGCCUUCUCAACAACAUCGUUCAACACCCGAUCCUAUUCCUCGCAUGCCAUCGCCAUCGGAUUAUCGGGCCAACAGCACGGUUCAACAAACUACUUGGAAUGAGUCCAACAAAACCGAAUACCCGACCACUUCAUCAGCAUGGGAUCAAGAUCCUCCCUCUUCGAUUCCUUCCACACCACAAAACGCUUAUCAAUAUUCAGGCACUCGCUAUGCUUCACCCACCCUGAGCAACAACAACACGUAUGAAGGCGACAACAAUGCUUAUUCCAAAGUCGAGGUGACAUCUCAAGCAACCCCGCCUCCACCCGCUGGGGGUAAACCUCGUCCCAAUAACAACAAGAACAACGAUGCAGAAACAGCUUUACCUGCUGUGUGGGAUGAGAAGCGAUUGAACCCUUCCAAACUCAGGCUCCUCUUGCGUUUCCUACAACUCAUUGCAUCCAUUGGUCAUCUUGGAUUUGCAGCUGGUGCAUCACCUUACUCAGAAGAAGAUGUACCCUUUGACAAUGCGGCGUGUUUUUAUUUUCUAUGGGCAGUGGCAAUCCUUACCAUCCUAUGGUCGUUUUUCCAUUUGUCAUUUUGGUGUUAUCGUCGAGUAGCACACGGCCACAAAUUUAACCGUGUCAUCAUGACAGCCAUUGACCUGUUGUUGGCGAUUUUGUGGGGCAUUGGUACAAUUGUAGAUAUUGCAAAGUACCCCUGCUCUCCUGGUGAUGGGUGGUGCGAUUUCUACAAUGUCAGCAUCUUUUGGGGAAUGCUCUCAUUUGUACUCUUUAUUGGAGCCGUUGCCUGGGAUUUUGUUGGUGCAUGUGUGGCACGUCGCAAGUAG